AUGGCAGCAGCACGCUCAUUGAUUGUUGGCGUCGACGUUGGAGGAACCAACACAGACUCGGUAUUGCUUGAUGCCUCGCAAACAGGGAACAAGGCCGUCCUGGCGUCUUACAAAGCGGCUACAACUUCGAAUGUAACGUUAAGUGUCCAGGAGACGCUGAGAGUUUUGCUGGACCAAUCCACCGUCGAUCGAGCAGAAAUAUCUGCCCUCGCCAUCGGCACCACUCAUUUUAUCAAUGCACUCAUUGAAAGAGAUUCAUCUCGAGUUGAGAAAGUGGCAGUCUUGCGCCUGGUCUCAUACAACUUCUCUGCUGGAACACCACCCUUCGCCGACUGGCCCAAUGCGUUAAAACGGAUAGUUAACGGCUACUCGGCAAUCAUUCCUGGAGGUUGUAAUAUCGAUGGACAGCUUAUUGCUGAUAUUGACCCCGAAGCUGUCCGGGAACAGGCUAAUAUCAUCAAAACCAAGGGCAUCAAGAAUGUCGUGAUUGUUGGCGUUGGCUCCCCUACCGACCAUAAAUAUCAUCACGAAGAAAGAGUCCGCGAUAUCCUCAAGGAAUCAUUGUCGACAGACGUCAACUUUGUGCUAUCUCGGGAUGUUGCGGGUAAUGGAUUAUUGGCCAGAGAGAAUGCCUCAAUAUUGAAUGCCUCCAUUCUCAACUUUGCCCAAAGAGCAAUCCGCUCGUUCAUGGCAGCAAUGAAAAAUAUCGGCCUACAAUGCCCACUUUACCUGACUUCGAACUCCGGUCAUUUACUCACAUUUUCCGAGGCCAUGCAAUUUCCAAUCAGAAUCUUCUCUUCCGGUGCCACAAAUUCCAUCCGAGGUGCUGCAUUUCUCGCCGGCUCUGAGGUCGGUCAGACUGGCUGUGUGGUUGUGGAUAUUGGUGGAACGACAACUGAUGUUGGAUAUCUCUUGAAGAAUGGUUAUCCUCGUCUUGCUAAAAGCUAUACCGAUAUUGCUGGAGUCAAGGUCAACCUGGAAAUGCCAUCUGUCGAGAGCGUGGGCCUCGGUGGUGGUUCAAUCAUCCAUCAUGAUGCUGAUGCGGAUGAUGUUACGGUAGGACCAGACAGUGUCGGCCACGACCUUCUGACAAAGGCUUUGAGUUUCGGAGGUUCAGUUACAACUGCUACUGAUAUUGUAGUAGCUUCUGGAGACGCGACAAUUGGUUUCCAGAAGCCUGAGCUCCAAGACAAGCUUAUCACCAAGGCAAAACUCAAGAUGAAAAAGCUCAUGGAAGCCUGCAUUGAUCGGUCAAAGAAUGCGCCUGACCCGUGUAUGAUUAUUCUUGUUGGAGGUGGUUCCAUACUAUGUCCUCCGGCCUUGGAAGGUGUUAGCAAGAUUAUUCUUCCCGAGCAUGCUGGUGUUGCAAACGCAAUAGGUGCAGCAAUGGCGAAGAUUUCGGGGUCAGCAGAGCUCAUGGUCAACGGAUCGGAUGUUGAAGCGGGCAUUGCCAAUGUCAAGGCUCAAGCAAUACAGCACGCAGUCUCACGAGGUGGCAAUUCAAGUUCAGUCACUGUCCUUCACCAAGAGGCUGUCGGAGUUCCAUACACUGACAACCAAGUUGCGAUCAAGGUUGAAGUGGCGCUACCAGCCGACCAUGAGAGAGUACGACAGGAGAUGCGGCAGCUUGAGGAGCAGUCAGACACCGAGAUCGAAAAGGAACUAUUCGAGGAAACCAAAGUUCAUCAGAUUGCGACAAAUGGCGAAGCGUCCUCUGAUGAAAAAAUUGACUACAAGACAUAUCGACCAAAUGUAUCGUCCAUGGGUGUUUGGAGUCUAUCUGAAGCCGAUCUAAAGUUCAUCGCCAUUGGCUGUUAUAUUCUUGGGACCGGUGGUGGAGGUUCCCCAUAUGCUGCCUACCUUCAGCUUCGUCAAGUCCUCGCAGACGGUCAUUCCAUCACCCUUGUUAGCUGUGAUAGCCUCAAAGACAAGGACUGCAUCGUGACCGUUGGUGCGAUUGGGACGCCAGCGGUGAGCAUAGAAAGAGGAGGUGGCGAUGAGAUCUUGCAUGCAUUGAAUAUGAUGGCCAAAGAGCUGAACGUCGAGUACACUCACUUCCUUGCUUCCGAAGUAGGCGGUGGCAACGGUCUCUCAAGUUUGGGUGCUGGCAGCUCCAAGCACUACGGCUUACCGACUGUGGAUGGCGACCUUAUGGGACGAGCAUAUCCAGCGUUCGAAAUGACAUCUAGAUAUGUCUACGCGACUUCGAUCAACGAGCUCCUCCCCGUUACACUUUGCAGUGGCACGGGCCAUAAUGUUCUCAUUCCUGCCAAUCAAACCGACAACACUUCCGCCGGUAUUGCCAUUCGUGAUAUCUGUGUCUCAAUGGGAAUGGCCUGCGGAGCUGCAGGUGUUCCAUUGACUGGAAGAGAGAUGCUAGACUAUGGUAUUCCCAACACCCAUUCUCUAGCAUGGAGACUCGGGCGAGUGGUCUCAAUCGCACAGCAAUCUGCAACGUUGUCCACAGUUGCAGAUGCCCUCAUCGAAGAAUGCGGAGGCCCCGAAACCGCACAACGCAUAUUCACUGGCAAAAUUCGAAGUGUCGAAAGUGGUCUCACAAAGACAGCUCACAGUGUCGGCAGGGUAACUAUUGAAGCACUCAGUGAAGAUGAGGCAGAGAACGAUGCCGACAGAAGCGAAAACUGGAAUGAGGUUGUAAUUCCAUUCAUGAAUGAAAAUCUAGCAGUACUUGGAAAGGACAAGCAAGGCAACGAGACCGUAUUGGCAACGGUUCCCGACCUCAUCUUCCUGCUGGAUGUCUCCACGGGAGAGAAUAUCGGUGUCCAGGAAUACAGAUACGGCUUGAAAGUGACUGUCAUGACCAUCGCGCCACAUCCCGUGUGGACUACACCACGAGGCCUGGAGAUCGGAGGUCCCGGCGCCUUUGACCUGCCAUACGAAUACAAAUCGCCACUCAAGUACGUGAAACCACGCAGCGUCAUUGAGGAGUUCAGGCAAGCGCCGUGA